AUGGUUGCCAACCCAACGUACGAGCGCAUAUCUCUCCCUCCAACACCGUACAAGUCGUUCAGGGCAUUCUACCCUUUCUACCUGGGCGAACAUCGGAAUCGCAUCAACCGGAUGCUCCACCUCGUCGGCACAAGCGGGAGCAUCGUCAUAUUCGGCCGGGUCGUCGCCGCUGCGGUUCCUUACCUCUGCAAGCUGCUGGAAUACCCCCACUUGGCCAGUCGUACCAGAGGCUGGGCUAUCCAAGAGAAGGAUAUAUGGAAGUAUGUUGUGCUGGCCAUCGUUGAGGGGUACGGGUUGGCGUGGAUGGGCCAUUUCUUUGCGGAGAGGAACAGGCCGGCAACAUUCACGUAUCCGCUGUACAGCUUGCGGGGUGACUUUACAAUGUUGUGGGAGGUACUGACGUUCCAGAGGAAGGCAUGGUAG